AAAAAUCCCGCCGUCGCGCGCCCAUUUCCCCCACCUUCCCGCCUCGCCACGCGCGCCCAUUUCCUCCCCUCCAACCAACCGCGGCCGAAACCCCAAUCGAAGCCCGUCCCCCGGAAUCCCCGCCCCCCAUGGCGCCGUCGCCGCCCACCGCCCCCAAGACCAUCGCCGACUUCUUCGUCCGCCCCGCCAAGCGCCUCCGCUCCGGCGCAACCACCACCACCGUCGUCGCCCCCGCCGCCUCCCUCUCCCCCUCCUCCGGCCCCUCGGACCCCACCUCGCUCUCGCCGGAGCAGCGCCGCAGGGCCGACACCAACCUCGCGCUCGCCCGCGCGCGCCGCAACCUCCGCCUCGCCGAGUCCAAAGCGGCCGGCGGCGGCGCGAAGCUGGAGGAGCUGCUCGUGGAGGAGACGUGGCUGGAGGCGCUGUCCGGGGAGCUGCGCAAGCCUUACGCGCUCGACCUCUGCCGCUUCGUCGCCCACGAGCGCCUGCACGCCAAGGUGCCCGUCUACCCGCCGCCGCACCUCGUCUUCCACGCGCUCCACACCACCCCCUUCCACAGCGUCAAAGCCGUCAUCAUCGGCCAGGAUCCAUACCAUGGUCCUGGCCAGGCCAUGGGAUUGUCGUUUUCAGUACCAGAGGGGAUCAAAAUUCCUUCCAGCUUACAAAACAUAUUUAAAGAGCUGCAUAAAGAUCUAGGGUGUACUAUACCAUCCCAUGGGAAUUUGGAAAGAUGGGCUGUGCAGGGUAUUCUUAUGCUCAAUACCGUGCUAACAGUGAGGGAACACCAAGCCAACUCGCAUGCCAAGAAAGGAUGGGAGCAGUUCACUGAUGCUGUCAUUAAGACAGUAUCACAAAAGAAAUCAGGAUUAGUCUUUAUUCUCUGGGGAAACUCAGCUCAAGCGAAGAUAAGAUUGAUUGAUGAAACAAAACAUCACAUUCUAAAAUCUGCUCAUCCGUCAGGCCUGUCUGCAAACAGAGGUUUCUUUGGAUGCAGGCACUUUUCGCAGACGAAUCAGAUCCUGGAGAGGCUUGGGCUAUCCACCAUCGAUUGGCAGCUCUGAGGAAUCAUCGGACGACACCAUGUGACAUGUCUGCCCGACUGACUGAUAACCACCCUUUUGAUUUUGUGGAAGGUGUCUGUCGUCUUCGGCCAUCAUUUUGGAGGCAACUUGAACUUGGUGCCGCUGCUGGAAGUGCCGCUCUGCUUGCUGUUGCACGUCUAGUUUUGCUAGCCCUCCAGUCAUACCCUAUGAUGAUCUACUAGUUAUGUUAUGUACUUGUUGCAUUGUUUUUAAGGCGGUAAGGCGACCUAAGGCGAGCACCACCCGCUCUAGCGCCUAGGCGGACGCCUAAGCGCCUAAGGCGGGCAUAUUUAUAAGGCGCUGCCCGGGCGCCUUAUCGCCUAAGCGUCCAAGGCAGGACGCCUUAAAAACAAUGACUUGUUGUGCCAAAUGCUGGCUCCUGAAAAUGGUUUGGCCCCUUUGGUUGUCGUGUGCGUGCAACUGCUCUCUCCUGCACCAGGUCGCCUCUGACGUACUAUCGUUGUAUAACAAUGAGCCUAAUAUUGUAGUGAUGCACUUGUACGUUGCGGUUAAAUUAACCUGUUUGCCUAA